AUGUGGCCCGGCCAGGCCAUGACCCUCAAGGUCAAGAAGGUCGUCCACCACGAGAAGAGCCAGUACCAGGAUGUCCUCAUCUUCGAGUCCACCGACUACGGCAUGGUCUUGGUCCUGGACAACGUCAUCCAGGCCACUGAGCGUGAUGAGUUCUCCUACCAGGAGAUGAUCACCCACCUGGCCAUGAACUCUCACCCCAACCCCAAGAAGGUCCUGGUCAUUGGCGGUGGUGACGGCGGUGUCCUCCGUGAGGUCGUCAAGCACGAGUGCGUCGAGGAGGCCAUCCUCUGCGACAUUGACGAGGCCGUCAUCCGCCUCUCCAAGCAGUACCUCCCCAACAUGGCCGUGGGCUUCGAUCACCCCAAGUCCAAGACCCACGUCGGCGACGGCUUCAAGUUCCUCGAGGAGUACAAGAACACAUUUGACGUCAUCAUCACCGACUCCUCCGACCCCGAGGGUCCUGCCGAGUCCCUGUUCCAGAAGCCCUACUUCCAGCUCCUCCACGACGCCCUUCGGGAGGGCGGUGUCAUCACUACCCAAGGUUGUACGUUCCCAUUUGUUCAGGAAUACCAGGAGGGGAAUCAAGGAAGUCUCGGGUUUGGAAGAGAAAUAAGCAAAACGCUGGAGGCAAACCCAACGUGGCCUGCCUCUUUCUCCUUCUUUUGGCCUUGGCUUCACAUGCCCCUCAUCUCCAAGCUCAAGAAGGACUGCAAGGAGAUCUUCCCCGUCGCCGAGUACGCCUACACCACCAUCCCCACCUACCCCAGCGGUCAGAUCGGCUUCAUGGUCUGCACCAAGGACGCCAGCCGCAACGUCAAGGAGCCCCUCCGCAAGUGGUCCGCCGAGGAGGAGGACAAGCUGUGCAAGUACUACAACUCGGAGAUCCACAAGGCCGCCUUCGUCUUGCCCAACUUCGCCAAGAAGGCUCUGCAGUAA